AUGGAAGAAGUCAGUGAUGAUGCCUACAUGAAAGCUGUUGAGAAAUUUAAGGAUCCAGAUUGGAGAGAGAUUUUUAUUAAUAUGUCUACUAUUAGAAAGAGAGCUUGGAUUCAGAGUAAUCAAAUGGAUGAUUCUAGUUCAUCUUCUGCAGAUAGUGAUUUUAAUGAUUUUUCAGAUUUUUUGAUGCUAAACUUUUUAAGUGAUUACAAUGAAAAGUUUAUUGAGAAAAUCCCUCAAAGAACAUCUUCUUUAUGUGGAGAAGAUUUUGAAUACAUUAAGGACACACGAGAGAUUAAAGUUGAAGAAGCAGUUGCCAUUUUCCUUAUAAUUGUUGGUCAAAAUGUGGGAAUGAGACUUAUAGCUGACCGAUUUCAACAUUCGCUAGAAACUAUUGAUAGGCACUUCCAUUUAACAUUAAAGGCAAUAUGUAAAUUAGGACAGGAUAUCAUUCGACCAACUCAAUCUUCGUUACCUUCUCAUAUUGUCAACUCCUCAAAAUACUACCCACGUGUGGAUGCUCAAAUUCCACCAAGGGAAAAUAUGGGGAAUUGCAUUGGUGCCAUUGAUGGAACACAUGUGAGUGCAUGUGUCCUUACAGAUAAGCAAGUCAGUUACAGAGGUCGAAAAAACGUGGUAACACAAAAUGUCUUGUGUGCUUGUAACUUUGAAAUAUUCUUUACUUUUGUAUCUGUUGGUUGGGAGGGAACCGCAAAUGAUUCUAGGGUGUUUAUAGAUGCAAUUACGCAACCUAAAUAUAAGUUUCCAUUGCCUAAAGAAGGUGAAUACUAUGUUUUGGAUUCUGGGUUUCCAUGCACAAAAGGUUUUCUCCCACCAUAUCGUGGUGAAAGAUAUCAUUUGCAAGAAUACAAUAGUGGACGUAAUCGACCACGUGGUAUGAAAGAACUAUUCAAUUAUAGGCAUUCUUCUCUUAGGAAUGUCAUUGAACGGUGCUUUGGUGUACUAAAAGCACGUUUUCCUAUAUUGAAGAUGAUGCCACCUUACAAAUUGAGUAGACAACCUUUGAUAGUUAUUGCUUGCUGCACUCUUCAUAAUUUUAUUCAUCAACGCACACAGUAUGAACAUAUGUUUAGAGAAUGGGAAGAGAAAGAACUUGAGGGUGAAGACAACUUAGAGGAAGCUAACACUAGUGUGUCAAGAUGUGAAGUCAAUUUAUCUGAUGAAUCUGCUGCAGCAAUGGCAAGAUGUCGAGAUCGUAUUGCUCAAGCUAUGUGGACAACUUAUAAUAAUAUAAAUUAG